UCUCAAAAUUCUGACUGGACAAGCACUUUCUUCUCAGCCUGUUAGCAGGUCAAAAACUGAAAUUACGUAAUACGCAUAUGUAAAUAUUUGCAUUUUUUGCAAGAACGUUUUGAUAAAAUUUCGCUGUAAAAAACGCGUUUUUGGCAGGAUUUAUCAAUGUCGGAGGAGAAGCCAUGUAUUGUGGUUGACGUAACAUCAGAUACAAUAUGACCUUGGUAAGAAUAAUAAUAAUAAAUGCGUUGAAAAAUCACAAGUGUUGUGCAAUGACAAAAUGACAGGCAGAUCCUCUUGUUUACAUUUUCUAGCAGGCAAAAUGUUCAGAAAGCGCUCGAAAAAGCUUCGUUUUAUAUUAUUGUGAUACGUAUUGUAAAAUUGCAAUCAAGAACAUAAUCUUAUGUGUAUUCGAAGUUUUCUGGCUGCAAAAUGUAAACAAUGUAAAUAUUCUAUUUGGCUCCAUUGCAGUUUUAAAUACUGGGUAGAUAAAUCACCUUCAUCACAGCUUAACAAGUCCUCUUGUGGUUUAGGUGUUGGGUAGGGAAACGUCACCUGGAGGAAGCCAUGAAGACUUUUUCAGGAGAUGUUUCCUUCGAAGUGAACUGGCGGCCAUUCUUUCUUAACCCUGCCACACCAGACGAAGGCAUUCCAGUUCUUGAAUACCUCGGCAGAAAGUAUGGACCUCAGGCUGCGGCCUCUGCUCAGAGUGGGAAAGGACCCCUAAGCCAAAUGGCUGAGAAAAUGGUUAGUUUGGUAACUUCUUAAACAACAUAACAGCAAAUAUAAAAUUGUGUAUUAAAAUCAUUAUUGACCAAAAUUCAGGUUCCUCCUGUAGUAACAUUGGAUCAAGAAGAGAGGAUUCUUAGGCCCCGUUUACAUGAGACCGGGAUGAAGUCAAAUCGGAAUGAAAAUUGAAAUUGUCAACAUGCUUACAUGAGACCGGUACGAAAAUCACAAAAUUUUCAAUUUAUUCCCCUUGCCAGGCAAUUUUCUUUUUCAGAUGGCUUUUGUUAGCAUGUGUUGUUCCAAUAUCAAGGUUACAGCCGAGACCAGUCUGAAAUGUAUUUGUGUUUACAUUCAUCCCGGUCUGAAGUCAGUCGGUUCGGUUCAGCAGGCGGAAUGACUUGAGACCGGUCUGAGUUAUUUUCGUCCUGGUCUCAUGUAAACAUCUAUAAUUAUAAAUAAUACUAUGACCGAAACGGUCCCGGUUUGACUUCGUUCCGGUCUCAUGUAAACGGGGUUAGUUUAAUUUAGGUUUCCUCCUGUAGUAACACUGGAUCAAUAAGAGAUGAUUCCUUACUGGAUCUCGAGGAAGAACAGUUUAGAACUGAUAGAGCUAUCCAGUAUAAAUAAAGUUAGUUUAGUUUAGGUUUCCUCCUGUAGUAAUACUGGAUCAAUAAGAGAUGAUCCUUACUGGACCUCUAGGAAGAACAGUUUAGAACUGAUAGAACUAUCCAGUAUAAAUAAAAUUAGUUUAGUUUGGGUUUCCUUCUGUAGUAACACUGGAUCAAUAAGAGAUGAUCCUUACUGGACCUCUAGGAAGAACAGUUUAGAACUGAUAGAGCUAUCUAGUGUAGAUAGAGUUAGUUUAGUUUAGGUUUCCUCCUGUAGUAAUAUUGGAUCAAUAAGAGAUAAUCCUUAGUGGACCUCUAGGAAGAACAGUUUAGAACUGAUAGAGCUAUCCAUUAUAAAUAAAGUUAGUUUAGUUUAGGUUUCCUCCUGUAGUAACACUGGAUCGAUAAGAGAUGAUCCUUACUGGUACUUACUUGUGUGAUGAGUUAAUACCAUCUUUGUUGUUAGGGUUUAAAAUUCAACUAUGACCGUAUGAUUGUGAACACGCUGAAGUCACACUGCCUGUUGGAUUAUGCAAAGUCAGUUGGCAAACAAAAUGAAAUGGCAGAGAUCCUCUUCAACGACUACUUCCGUCAUGCAAAGAGAAUUGACCAAUCAGCUGUCCUGAAAGAAGCUGCCGAGGCCUGCCAUAUUGACUGGUCAGCAGCUGACACCCACAUGAAUAACGCCGAGAUUGUAUCGCGUGUGAAAAGAGAGGCUGGGACAGCUAGUGCCAGUGGUAUAAACGGAGUACCACAUUUUAAUAUAUUCCUCAAGUCGAAUCAGGCUAGGUCCCAGCAAUUCUCAGGCGCUCAACCUGCGGCCACAAUAUUAAGUGUGUUUCAGAAAGUACUGAGCUUUGCCAAAUCCAGGGUGUAAGAUUUUUAAAUGAUUAGUUUACUAGAUGAACUCAGUUUAGACUGCCAUAUGUAUCAAUACCUAUAUAUAAAGUAGAAUAUGGACUAUGAAGAACUAUGGUUUGGACUAUGGUUUGGACUGCUAUGAAAAACUAUGGUAUAUUUGUGUUUGUAUGAAGACUUCGAUUGUAAAACUAUUUUGAUCAAGUCGGAUGAUGUGAACAAGAGUGGCCAAGUUUUGAAUUAAAUGUCUUAACCAUGCAUUGUUGUUUUGAUCUAGUCAUGUGUG